AUGGAAAAGAAGAAAGAGGAGAAACCAAAUGAGCAAGUUGCAGAACCUGAAUCAGCUUUCCCAGAAUCCUUACUAGAAUUUCAAGUUGAGACAAAAGAAGCAGCAAUUGAUCGGGUUUUGUUUGAUCUGCAACAAGUGGAAAAGAAGAACAAAGAAUGCAAUGAAAGGAACAACCUUCUGAAGGAAGAGAAGCAGGCACAUAUCAGGCGCAUAUUAAGACAAAUAGAAGAACAGGAGAAAGAACAAGAUAAAAAGGAGAUUGUAACUAAGGAUGAUGUGGAAGAAUCACUGAAGGCAAAAUGGCAGUAUGCUAUGGACCAAGAACAACUUCUGAAAGAUUUACACUCCCAGAUUGAAGAAACUGGAAACAGACUUGAAGAAAAGCAGAGUGAAAGAGAUGAUUUGUUAGAGUACAAAAAUGUAGGAUGUAAAGCACAGACCAAGAAGAUUAAGAAUCUGGAAAAAGACAUCAAGAAAGUCAAAGAGGACAUUCACAGGGCCACAGUCUAUUAUGGAAAGGAUUUAAAAGCAGUGAAAGAAGAAAAUGAGAGGCUGCUUGAGAGGCACAUCGAGAUAGUUAAUGAACAGGCCAUUGAGAAUGCUGUUAAACACUUAGACAAGAAGAGUCGCAGAGCAGUUGGAGAGAAUGAAUGGCUUAAGGAAGAGAUUAAGAUAUACCAAAAGGAAGUGAAUGAUCUGCAAGCCUCUGUUCAGCUCCUGGAAGAAGAAAAUAUCAGUUUAGUGACAGACCUUGUUGAUGGCAGAUGGCAGAAUUUGGGAGUACCCAGGCAUUUGUACCUCACCCAGGCAGCUGGCUUGCAAGACGAAUUUCCUAAGGAUGAAAUGAAAAAAGUAGAGUAUAGAGAGCAUGCAGCAAAAGCAGAUGGAGCUGAAAGCCUCGGAAGUGCCACAAUCCUGUGUCAGAAAGAAAUGGCCCUUGCAAAGAUUCAGUCUAAAACAGAGAAUGAGAAGCCUCAAGACAAUGAUAAGGAGCUGUGGGAGAAGUCUUUCACUCCAACACUUGACAGCUUGUUGUAUGGAGAUGAAAAAGAUUUCCAGGAAUACUUAACCCUGAGUCCUCUGGAGACUGGGCUGCUGCGUGUGGUUGGAAGAGCCAUGCCUAUUCAUAAAGAGCCAGAGGAAAUGCCAAGCAGGAGCGACACAGAAGAUGGCAUUAUUGGUAAAACAGAUGGGCACAUCACAGCUCAGAUGAUCAAGGCCUUAUCUAACGAGAAGGUUGGUUAA